AUGGGAGGGUGGAGUGAGGGUAUUUGGAAGUGGGGGGAUUUAGGUAUUUCGGGGACGGCGUUUCUUGAGCCCGGAAUUGCUUUGGAUUAUUCGAUUUUGCGAAAUCUUUUGGAGAGUUUUGGCGGAUUUCAAGAAGGGAAGGAUUUAGUUGAAUGGUCUCUUGACUCGGAGAAAGGAUUUACGGUAUCUUCGUGCUAUUCCAUUUAUGCGCAAAAGCGCAUUCCUUUUGGUCCUUUUAAUAGGCACGAUGAGGCAUUGGAGUUAAUUUGGAAGGUGGAGAUUCCCUUUAGGAUUAAAAGUUUUGGUUGGAGGCUUUUUGUGAAUAGGCUUCCCACAAAGGAUCUAUUGGUGUAUAGAGGUAUUAACUUAACUUCUACUAAUUUAAAGUGUGUUUUUUGUGAUUUGCAUUUGGAAGAUAGGGACCAUAUCUUUUUCAAAUGCGUUGUGAUUAAUUAUGUUUGGAAGGAAAUUGCAAAGUGGGUGGAUUUUCCGGGUUGGAACAUGGAGGAUUGUAUUCCUUUUUUUAUGGAAUGGAAUGAGGCUUGGAAUGUUAAUAAUAUGAUUUGGAAUAUCAAGAUCUUGAUAUGGAGAUGGUCUUUUAUAGGCGAUAUUGCUCAUCCCAAUUGUAGCUUUUACGAUUUUGUUAAGGACCUAGUGUCUUUUAUGUCGUAA